CAUCGCAAAACGCAUUCCCGUCGCCUCUCUGUCCUUACGUUCUGCUUAGCAACUACCAUGCGGUAACGAUUGCUGCCUUGCUUGCGGUUCCAGCACUGAGCGUAUAGCGUGGCAAGAUGACCUCCAUCUUGACGGCUGGAGAAGCAGUCGCUAGGAUUGCCUACCUCUCUUCAGACGUCAUUGUGUCUGUCCAGCCUUCACUCGCCACCGACAGCGAGUUCUCCAAUUUCUUCAAGCAGUACGCAGAGAACAGAGCGUCGGGUUUAAUAUGUAAAGGCGUGCCGGAGAUACAGAGCGUACGACACAAUGCGGACCCGCUGCUGUCCCUCUACCAGCCCGUUCGCAGUGGCAAGAUCGCCACGGUCACGACGGGUAGCGGCAUUCUAGUCAAGAGCAUACCACAUCUGUAUCGAUUAGCGAACUACCCUGUAGUCAUCCACGUGAGCCUCCAUCCAACCGGCAACCCCGACUAUAGCGACAUCACAAGCAUACGAAAUGCCGGCUUCACCUUACUGCAGAGCACCUCAUUGCAAGAAGCGCAAGAUCUGGCGCUCACGGCGCAUGCUCUGGCGAUCAGGAGCGGCAAAGGAGUGAUCCACUUCUUCGAUGCGGCAAACUCGCAAAAUGAUCAGCCCAUUGCGCACGAGAGCCGAGAUCUCGUUAUGAACGUGCUCAACACCGAACUGGCACGGCAAUAUCAGGGCGUGAAAAGCGAGGAGCUAUCGUUGUACGUCAGCGAAGGAAGGCCGCUCACGCGAAACAUUGGCCUGAGCGGCAUGGAUGCGCCACCACUUGCCAAUGGAUCACCAGUAGCAUCGGGUCAAGCAUCCCCGGGCACGACAGGCCCACAACAGCCGUCAAGCGCAUCUUCAUCUUCGUCCGAGCGCCACUCUGGCAGCUCAGCAGUCUCGGAGGCGGAGUCUGCCACCACGGUCGACUCGCAGCCCAGAUCUGUGAGCUCGGAUGACAUCGACUUUAUCUGCAGCUCCGUUUGGUCUCAGAUACGGUCUUUUACCGGCAGACAAUACGGCCCGUUCAACUACACUGGUCCCGCAAACGCCUCGUCAGCAUUGUUCUUGUUCGGCUCGGAUCCUGGUCUCUUCGCAUCAGAGCUAGCCUCUGCGCAUCACGCCGACUUCUUCCGGGAUGCUGGCCUAAUAACACCCGUGCUGUACCGGCCAUGGCUUGCAGAGCGUCUGCUCGAGGCCCUGCCACGCAGCGUGAGAAGAGUGGCUGUCCUCGAGCAAAUUCGGAAGAGGACAACAAAAUGGGGUCCUGUUCUGCUCGACGUGCUUAUGUCGCUGAAGUCUUCAGCUGGUCCACAAGCUCCAGCUGUUGUUGGCUUCCAGCUCGGCUACCUGGAAGAGACCACCAUAGUCCAAGCGCUCUCUGGCAUCUUCCAAAACCUGCUGGGUCAGUCACCCAUUCAGAACCUCGAGGUCGGUGCACCGGAUGGCUCACGACAGCCAGGCCCAAGGAGGGGACUAGAGCUUUCGCCGCCAAAGCUGGAGAACGCAUACAUGAAGAUCUUGGAUCAAGUCUUUGCGGAAAGACUGUACAUUGCAAACAAGCAAAGCUCGAACAACGUUGGCCUUGGCGACCAGGCAAUAAGUGCUAGCCCGGAGUAUGGAUUCGGCUCACUGCUUGCACGAAAGGCGCAUCGUCAGCGCUUCGUAGGCGAAGUACAAGCUGCGGCCAAGUCACACGACUUUACCACGAAUACGCCGCAGAAAUGGCUAACACAAUGGGCCUUGGCCGCUUCGAACGCGGUUGAGGCGAACAAACUGGCGCCGGAUGUCAUUCAGCGGCUAGCCACUGACGGCUCGCCUGCAGCAAACCAGCUCCUGAGCAGUAAAGGCCUGUUCUUCAAGGAAUCGCAAUGGCUCAUUGGCAGCGAUGCUUGGUCGUACGAUUUGGGCAACAGUGGCGUGCAUCAUGUGUUAGCAAGCGGGGAGAACGUCAAUAUGCUGAUCAUCGACUCAACACCGUACAGCGAGCAUGCAGCACACGACGCUGCGCGGAGGAAGAAGGACAUCGGCUUGUAUGCGAUGAAUUUCGGUAACGCGUACGUGGCCUCCGUGGCGGUUUACAGCUCGUACACGCAGGUUCUGCAGGCCAUGUUGGAAGCCGAGGCCUUCGAGGGGCCGUCUGUGGUUAUGGCCUAUCUACCGUACAAUCACGAGGAAGACAGUCCGCUCAACGUCCUGCAAGAGACGAAGAAGGCUGUGGAUCUUGGGUAUUGGCCGCUGUACCGGUGGGAUCCGAAGGCUGGAGACAAGGGUGAGGAGCCGUUCAAGCUUGACUCUGAGCGUCUCAAGCAAGAGCUGCAAGAGUUCCUACGAAGAGACAACCAUCUCACACAGCUCAUGCGGAGGCAUCCAGAGUUCCACGCAAGUCUGUCAGAAUCGUACGGCAGCGAGGUGCGCAAAGUGCAGAAACGGAAGGCAAAGGAUGCUUACGAGGCUCUGCUUGAAGGGCUGCAAGGCGCGCCUUUGACCAUUCUGUUCGCUUCGGACAACGGCAACGCGGAAAACCUGGCGAAAAGACUUGGGAGGCGUGGCAAAGCUCGAGGUCUGAAGACCAUGGUUAUGGCAAUGGACGACUUCCCGCUAGAGGAUCUUGGCAACGAAGAGAACGUGGUUUGUAUCACUUCAACGGCCGGACAGGGCGAGUUCCCGCAGAACGGUCGCAAUUUCUGGGAAGGUGUAAAGAACAGCACCGAUCUCGACCUGGUGAACGUGAGCUUUACAGUCUUCGCUCUCGGUGACAGCCACUACUGGCCACGCAAGGAAGACAAGCAUUACUACAACAAGCCCGGCAAAGAUCUCUUUGUGCGCUUGACCACACUCGGUGGUAAGCAGAUAGUUGACAUUGGCAUGGGCGACGAUCAGGAUCCGGACGGGUAUCAGACCGGUUAUAACGAGUGGGAGCCGAAGCUCUGGGAUGCCAUGGGUGUCGGCAACGUUGAGAAUAUUCCAGAUGAGCCGCCACCAAUCACCAACGAGGACAUCAAGCUUGGAUCGAACUACCUCCGUGGGACGAUUGCAGAAGGGUUGCAGGACCAGAGUACCGGCGCCAUUUCUGCGGCAGACCAACAGCUUACGAAGUUUCACGGGACAUACAUGCAAGACGAUCGAGAUCUGCGAGACGAGCGCAAGGCUCAGGGUCUGGAGCCCGCGUACUCCUUCAUGAUUCGAUGCCGGUUACCUGGCGGUGUUGCGACACCGGAUCAGUGGCAGCAAAUGGAUGCUAUUGCGUCCCACCUGGGUAACGAGACCAUGAAGCUUACCACAAGACAAACGUUCCAGUUCCACGGCGUGGUCAAGGGCAAGCUCAAGCCAGCCAUGCAAGCGAUCAACCAAGCGCUGAUGACAACAAUCGCCGCUUGCGGUGAUGUCAACCGUAACGUGAUGUGCUCAUCACUACCUGAGAUGAGCGAACUUCAUCGGGAAGCACACGCAGCCGCAAAGAAGAUCAGCGAUCAUUUGCUUCCGAGCACUACCGCGUACCAUGAGAUCUGGCUGAAGGAUGACAACGACAAGAAUGUCCAGGUUGCAGGUGAUGCUGUGCAAGACUUCGAGCCAUUGUACGGCCCCACGUACCUGCCAAGGAAGUUUAAGAUUACAAUCGCCGUACCACCGCACAACGAUACCGACGUGUAUGCACACGACAUCGGCUGCAUCGCCAUCAAGGGCGAGGACGGCAAGCUUCAGGGUUUCAACGUGCUAGCCGGAGGCGGUAUGGGCGUUACGCACAAUAUGAAGAAGACAUAUCCGCAAACAGGCCGCAUGCUGGGCUACUGUGACAAGGACGCCAUCCAUAUCGCCUGCGAGAAGAUUAUGCUAGUGCAAAAGGACAACGGAGAUCGCAAGAACCGCAAGCACGCCCGUCUAAAGUAUACCAUCGAUGACAUGGGCUUGGAUGUCUUCAAGGGUAAGGUCGAGGAGCUGUGGGGUCAGAAGUUUGGCGAACCGAAGCCCUUCCACUUUGACAGCAACAUCGAUACCUUCGGGUGGCAGAAGGAUGAGCGGGGCAUGAACCACUUCACGAUGUUCAUUGAGAACGGCCGGAUCGAGGACACGGCUGACUUCCCGAUGAAGACGGGCUUGCGCGAAAUCGCCAAGGUCCACAAGGGCGAGUUCAGACUUACAGGCAAUCAGCAUCUGAUCCUCGCGAAUGUAGCGGAAGACCAGCUCGACACGAUGAAGGACAUGCUGAAGCAGUACAAACUCGACAACACAAACUUCUCUGGUCUCCGGCUGUCCUCCAGCGCUUGCGUGGCGUUCCCUACGUGCGGUCUGGCUAUGGCAGAGUCUGAGCGAUACCUCCCAGAACUCGUCACCAAGCUUGAAGGCGUACUGGAAGAGAACGGUAUGCGGCAGGAAAGCAUCGUGAUGCGUAUGACUGGCUGUCCCAACGGCUGCGCUCGGCCUUGGUUGGCUGAAGUGGCUUUCGUGGGUAAGGCAUACGGCGCGUACAACAUGUAUCUCGGUGGCGGCUAUCACGGUAACAGGCUGAAUAAGCUAUACCGGAGCAGCAUCAAGGAGGAGGAGAUUUUGGACAUCAUGAAGCCGCUCCUCAAGCGAUACGCUCUCGAGCGGAAUGAUGGCGAGAGAUUUGGGGACUUCGUUAUCAGAAUAGGCAUGAUCAAGCCAACGAAGGAAGGCAGAGACUUCCAUGAAGACGUAAGUGAUGACGUUGAGCUUGCGAUACCAACAUGAUGCUAACAAUCGCGCAGACCGCCGAAGUCGAGGAAGACGAAGAGUAGCUGUACAUAUUUUUUUGCGGCAUAGCGACUGGGCGUUGGACGUUUGGAAAACCUGUUAGUUCUGUUCUCCUAGCUGCGGCAUGAAGCAGUGCAAAAGCAUCAAGCAUGUACAGUUCUAUGUGCUACAGACUGGUUGUCUUGAUCAGCGUGCUUACCGAUCUUCCACCGUCUCAUGAAUUGUCCCGCAACCCGUCCGCAGAUGCUG